UUUUUCUCCUUUAAAUAAGGAUAUUUUCAGCUGCACGAUCAUUUAUGGCAUUACUGACGUUUAGAUCGAGUUAAUCGUUGCUUAAUUUUUUUCAAUUAAUUUGUUUUAUUUUUGCGACCUGUGUAGAGUUGUGUUGUUGAUUUCCAGAAAUCAUUUCGUAUUCGUAAAAAUUCCACUUCUCGUACCAAAAAAAUCAUCAUCAUGGGUAUCUCCGUCAUUCCGACGCUAUUCGACGAAGACAAUUUACCAGCAUCAGAAUCGCCGAGUAAAACAAUUAAGGAUGUGCGUCAGACGGGAAGAUUCUACAGACAUCCCGAUUCAGCUAUGGUUUCUUAUCCGUUAGUGGUAGAGAAAGCAAUAGGAUCGAUUCCGAAAAACGACGAAAAACUGAAAAUCGCUAUAAUAGGCGGAGGAGCUGCGGGUAUCGCUUCGUGUUACGAAUUAUCCAGAUUGGGAAACAGUGAUCGAAUCGAAGUUACGUUGUACGAGUCAGAUCCGGAUCAUUUCACUUAUCUGCUCGAACCACAGCAAGUGAAAAUCGAUACGUUCGGAAAAAGAGCCGGAAGAGUUUUCGCAGCUCGAACGUCGGCCCCCUCCGGUGAUGAGCAUUCCAAUCCCGAUGAUCACACUGUGUACGAAAUUGGCGCGAUGAGAUUUCCGGAAAUAGCCGGCUUGACUUGGCAUUACGCUGGCCAGGUAUUCAAAGAUACAGACAAAGUGGACGCGUUCCCCAAUCCGGGAAAAGUUCCUACCGAAUUUGUGUUUGGAGAUCGCGCAGACCGGUAUUACAAUAAAAGCACCGGAGGUAUGUGGUUGGACGAAGAUUCGCCAACAAAACGUGUAUUUAAGGUUGUUCACGCGGGUAUAUUUGGCAGUCCUCCUACAGCAGAUGGGCCGAAAUAUCCACGCAGUCAUUUUUGCAUCGGUUGUAAGGAACCGUACGAAGUAGCUGCCGAAUUGAAAAAUGAAAAUACAUCAGAGGGUCGAUUACGUGAUAUAUUCGCGGAUUGGAAAGAGUUCGCUAUAAAGUAUGACAGUUUGAGCUUGGAAUCGGCUGUACGACAGGUUAUUCGAGCUGAAGUUAAAAAAGGUUCUGAUUUAUUGCCGGAUAUAGCUGGACUGCGCGAUCGUGAAGAUAAAAUCGCCUAUUAUGCCGAAUUAUUCGGUUGUUUCGGUUUCGGUACCGGUGGAUUCAAACCGAUACAUAACGCUUCGCUGACCGAAAUGAUGAGAAUAAUGUUAUGGGACUACGCGAACGAGUACACUUUGCCGAAGGAAAGUGCCAGUGAAAAUGUCGACUUGUUUAAAGAACUUUACUCGAAAGCGUACGAGCAAUUUAAACGGAAACCGAUUGUUAAACAUGCUCGCGUUUGUGACGUUUGCCAUUCUGGCCGCACUGGUAAAGCGUUGGUAUUUUCGUACGAGAUGGACUCAAAGCCACCUCACCAAGAACUUCCUGGACUUCCUUACGAGCCCCUCGAAUUCGACUACGUAAUUUUGGCUGUAACACCCAAGCAAAUGCAUUCCAUUAUAUCUCGUGCCGGAUUCAAUAAUCAAGCUCGAUUCAUACGUUUCGGCGAUUACGACCGGCAAUACCCUCAAGAAAUUCUGGCACGACCUCCGUUAGUGUUGUCCAAAGACUCGGACGCGCCUAAUGCUUUAUUAUUCACCGCUAUAAAUCAAGUCCAUAUGGUUGGCUCGUCAAAAAUUUUCGUAACCGUCAAAGAGGAAGACGUGAAAAAAGCUCCUAAAUUCUUCGAAGAAGGAGAAAUAAAAGCAGUCGUGUCCGAUUGCGGUUUAGCCUCUAGCUAUUUCGUUCCAAGUCCUCUGCGGCAGUCCCCAGAUGGGAAAAAAUAUUACAGUUUGCUCCUGAGUUAUUCUUGGGAAGAGGACACCAAACGUUUGCAGCAUCAUUUGUACGAAUAUCCGAUGAAUAGACGGGCCAAUUCCGAAGCCAACAAACAAAUGCUCCAGGCGGCCAUUAAUCGUACCAAGCGCGAUGUGAGAGAUCCGUUGGAUGGAACCUACAAGUCUUGGUGGUUCGGAGACUUGCUGAGUAGUUCCGAUUUGAGCGAUGUAUUAUCGUACGACUGGACUACCGCGUAUUCCGCAGGAGGAUUCAAGUUUGAUACGACAGGAAAUCAUCGCAACAGCAAUUUAUGUUUCCGUUACCAUACUCACGCUCAGAAAUCGUCAUUGGAUAAUCGUUUUUUCAUCGCGGGAGACAGUUAUAGUCAUCUUGGUGGCUGGAUCGAAGGCGCGUUCAUUAGCGCCGUGAAUGCUGUAACCGGGCUGGUUGUUGCUGCCAAUGGUGGCGACAUUCGUGCUUUGACGGAGCCUGCGCAGAAAGUGAUCACUACUUUGGACAGCGUGGUUUAGUUAAGCUACUUUUUGCAACGAGUACCUAUCUAGGUACUUAUUAUAUUAUCCUCAACAAUUAAAAUAUUCGUAACUUAUCUAGGUACCGAUGUAAACUUAAAUCCAUUUUUACUUUAAUACACAUACCUACUCGUAUUUGAUAAAUAUAUAAUGCUGUCUAUUGGUAGAAUUGAAAUGGCACACAGCUGAUUAUAAAAAUAGAAUUAAUGCAGACGAGUUCUUCUCCCAGCAGAAAAUCGAAUGUAGCUUACCUACCUACGAGGUAAUGAAAGAAAAAAAUGACUUAAAAUGAUUUCUUAACAUCUCCUUCACAGUCUCCACACUUACAAAUUUAAACCUUCAAAAUUGAAAUGUCAUGCUUCUAAAUUGAUUUGAAAUACGCGGUUAGGUAGGUACGAGUAAGCAUUAGAAUUUAGUUUACGUAAAUUUUUCCAAUUUGAAAAAUUAACCCGAAUUGGAGCUUGAGAGAGGGUAUAACAUUGAGAAAUAAAUAUCGAAAAACAUCUAAAAAAUGUUUAAACAAUUCUUUUGACUUUCACAUAACAUUUAUUCUGUGAGUAAAUUCAGUUUUCGAAUUUUAGCAAAUUUUUUGAAGCUCGAAUUUAGGUUAUGAAAGACAUCAAUUUGGUCCAACUAACAAGGUGCAAAUUUUGAAAUUCGGCUUCUUUUACGCUCUUGGCUCAUCAUCCUUCUUUUUCUGGCUCUCAGAUCCUACUCAAUCAAUGAUUGAGCUUUCUGAGAAUGUUUCAAUGAAAUAGGUAGGAAUCUCAGGGAUGAAUAUUCAUUCACCAAAUGACUCAGAUUUUGAAUUCUUGAUUAAUCAAAAGAUUGAUUUUAUGUAUAUUAUAUAGAUGACAUUUGAAUGGUGCAUUGGGCCGGGAUCACCAUAGACUAAAGUAAUGAGAUAUGUUAUGUAUCUAAUAAUAAGACCAUAAAUUUAUGAUACAACCUAUUAUAUUAAUCACAAAAUAUACCUAUCAUGAACUUUAAAA